AUGGGCGAUAUGGAAGUCCUACCAGAUCUGAUGCCUCAGGAACCACUAAGAUCUGUUCGAUUUAGUGAAAGCAAUACGGUGAUUCCCACGCCGCUAGAAUCAAAUUCUUCUUCUGAAACUGUAGGAUCAGGGGCAACUUCAGAAUCAACAGAAAUGGAGCAGGAGGGAAUGGAGUCAGACUCUGAGGAGGAUGUAACUCAAUUUUUGAUCACUGGCGCGUCCACAAUUGACAUUGAUGCGUACCCGUCCAUCUACCGUGGCACUAUACUUUUGCGCCGCCUGAAAUUCAUCAUCGAUCACUCGGCAGAAUCAGUUUACGAAACAACCCAAGUCGCCUUGAAAACGGUCAAGUCGACCUACAACGUCGAAAUGUACAGACAGCUCCACGCGAUUCUGCGAAAGAGAUUUCCAGAGCGCGAUCAUGGCUUUAGCGAAGGCUGGAUUGCUACUGUAACGAGUCAAGUCGCGACGAUCACGGACCGACUGGAGAAUGAUAUUAAACAAUAUAAAAAUAGCGCUAUCAAGGAAUCGAUAAAACGAGGCUACGAAGAACUCGCUGAACAUAAAAUUAAAGCAGGCGAUUUGACCGGCGCGCUGAAAUGUUAUUACCAAUCGAGGGACUACUGUCUCCAGCCGACGCACAUUCGCAACAUGUGUCUCAACGUCAUCACUACAUCUGUUUUGUUGGGAAACUACGCCCAUGUCGCGAGCUAUUCUGAAAAACUCAAGUCGCAAAAAGCAAAAGAAUGCCAGGACACAGCGGCAAAGGGAAAAAUGAUCGUCGCGAAUGCUCUCGGAGAGCUUCAGCGAAAGAAUUACCUCGCAGCGAGUAAUCAGUUUUUGUUGGUCGACUUUGAGUCCUUCCACUAUCCGGAAUUGAUUUCGCCAAAAGACCUCGGAAUGUAUGGUGCGUUGUUGAAUCUUGCUUUGAAGACAAGAAAAGAGCUCAAAGAAACUGUGAUCAACGGAGCUUCUUUCAAACUUUUCCUCGAACUCGAGCCUAACAUGCGUGAAGCAAUUAUCGCCUUUGUCGAGUCCAAAUACUCCGAUGCGCUCAAGUAUCUCGAGUUACAGCGCAACAUUUUGAGGCUCGAUUACUUUAUGUCGCCACACGUGGAAUAUCUCUACAGCGAGAUUCGAACGAAAUGCUUGAUUCACUAUUUAAAGCCCUAUCAAAGCGCGAUCAUCUCAAAAAUGUCGAACUUUUUCGACUGCGACGAAGAUGUUUUGAUCGAUGAAGUGAUACAACUGAUUAUGUCUGGGCGAAUCGAAGCGAGAGUAGACUAUGCCGGGGGAUUAAUAAUUCAAGAACCACGAGAUAUGAAGGAAUCUGCCCUCAAAAGUACGAUAGAGGCACAGGAUGAGUUUAUAAAUGCAAGCAGACAUAUUAUUUUACGAAGCAAAGUGGCUAAAUCUUGCCUGGCGCCGUUCUUUAUCCAAAAGACGCAAUUACAUAGCCGGGGAGUUGAUCAAUCAGGAGGGAGGAUAAAGAAGCCAGCUCUAUACAAGAAUCCAGCCAAAUAA